UGUAUUUAACUGUUCAUUCAUACAGUGAAUUAUUGAAUGAAGAAGAAAAUAAUUUCUUCAGAAACUUUUAUUAACCCAAUUAGAUAUCAAAACAUAAUUGAAACGUCUUCAUUAACGUUUAAUUGUCUUCCGGCAAAUGUGAAAAUUUAAAUAAAGUUAAGAACAGGAGAAAUUUAAUUAAACUCAUCAUGGGAAUUCGAGGGCCAGGCUCGAAAGGCUAUGAAGAAGUUGAAGGUGUUAACAUAUCUACGAUUACAACAAGUCAAAACCCCAAUGGAAUUUCUAUCACAAAUACCAAUGGUUUGGUUUCACCGCAAUUCGAGCUUGCAAGCGUUUCUGUCGUUCCUGAUGAUACUUUUACUGUUGCGCAGGCGGUGAAUGCUUUAGGAUUUGGAUGGUUUCAAGUGAAGUUAUCGCUUUUUGUGGGACUCUGUUGGAUGAGUGAUUCCAUGGAAAUGACAAUUCUGUCCGUCCUCGGCCCAGCAUUGCAUUGUGAUUGGGGAAUCAGUCGAUAUCAACAAGCAAUGGUCACAACAGUCGUCUUUCUAGGCAUGAUGUUGAGCAGCACAUUUUGGGGAAGUCUCAGUGACAAAUAUGGAAGAAAACCGGCAUUGACACUUUGCGGAAUUUUACUUUUCCUUUAUGGACUUCUUAGUGCUGUAGCACCAAACUUGGGUUGGCUUUUAUUACUUCGAGGACUUGUAGGAUUUGCUAUUGGUGCCGUUCCUCAAAGUGUCACUCUUUAUGCAGAAUUCCUUCCAACCAAGCAAAGGGCAAAGUGUGUCGUUCUUUUAGAUUGCUUUUGGGCACUUGGCGCAUGUUUUGAAGUUGUUCUUGCAAUGGCUGUCGUACCGAAUUUUGGAUGGCGAUGGCUUUUGGGUUUAUCAGCAGCACCUUUAUUUGUUUUUGCAUGCUUAACUCCGUGGCUUCCUGAAUCAGCAAGAUAUCAUGUUUCAUGUGGUCAAAAUGAAAAAGCGUUGACGACAUUGGAAACUAUCGCUAAAGACAAUCGAAGACCGAUGUUGUUAGGAAGACUUGUUGUCGAAGGAAGUUCAAAUUCUCGUGGUAGCUUGAAAGCUCUCUUGAGUUCAUCAUUGAGAAGAACGACACUUUUAUUGUGGUUUAUUUGGAUGUCGUGUGCUUUCUGUUAUUACGGGUUAGUGUUGAUGUCAACAGAAUUGUUUGGAGGGAAGAAUCGAACACCCACGCCAGGUCUUGAUGAUUGUCAUGCUUUGGCUACCACUGAUUACAUGGACCUUUUAUGGACAACAUUAGCUGAGUUCCCAGGAAUAUUCACAACCAUUUAUAUUAUUGAAAGAUGUGGAAGGAAGAAAACAAUGGCAUUUCAAUUUCUUUUAUAUGCUGGAUGCGUUUCAUUAAUCACUGUGACGACUGAUCGAGUUCUUCUCACAUUGAUAUUGUUUUUGGGACGAGGUGUCAUCGCUGGUCUCUUUCAAGCAGCUUAUGUUUACACACCAGAAGUCUACCCAACAAAUUUAAGAUCAAUUGGUGUUGGUGGAUGUUCAUCGUUGGCAAGACUUGGUGCUAUGUGUACGCCUUAUGUCGCUCAAGUGUUACUUCAAGCUUCUGUUGGACAAGCUGUGGCAGUUUAUGGGAUAUUUGCAAUAUGUGCUUCCAUUGCUUGCUUAUUUCUUCCUUACGAAACUCGUGGAAACGAUUUGUCACAAUAACCAAUUACUUAACUUAAUUUAUUUCAAACUUUUACACUUGCUAUGCCUGAUAUGAUAGUACUAAAUGUUAAUGUAUCGAUUGAGGCAUUGGUGAAUGACUGAAAAGCAAUUUUUAAGCAAUUUUGUAAAUUGAUCAAAGACAUAAGAAUUUAAGUACAUAAAUUUAUUU